AUGGCUUCCAAUCCCCCAGACGAGCCGGUCCGUAAGACCAUUGCAACCACGAGAACUUCUAGUAACCCGUUUGACCGUUUCCCAGAUGACCUUCUCGUCCUGAUAUUCCGCCACGUCAUGCACUCCCCCGCGGCCUCCUCCGCCGCCUCGUCCGCCUCCCCGUCCUCCUCGUCCUCCUCCCGCAUCUCCCCGUUCUCCCUCGCGCUCGUGUCGUCCCGCUGGCUGCGCCUCGCGUAUCUCGCCGUGCAGUCCAUCCAGCUCAGCAUCAGCUACUGCCCGAGAAUUUCGCAGCUGCCCGCCAGCCUCACACGCUGCCCGUCCUUGCAGCGGCUCUUCAUCCGCUGCUGCUCAGGCCUCUUUUGCCUGCCUGAAGCCAUCGUUUCCACCCCUCGGCCUGUAGAGCUUGAUGUGGAUCGCUGCAGGGGCGUUCGCACUCUGCCCUUCUCCCUUGCUCAGCUGUGCGUGCCGCGGAAUGGGUCGGUGGCACGGGUGCGGAUUACUGGGUGCUUCCGGAAAGCAGAUGUGGAUUCGGUGCUUAGAGAUUUGGUGGAUGAGCAGGGGGUGGUGGUGGAGAGGAGGGAACAGGGCGAGGUGGAAGAUGGUGAGGAAGAGGAAGAGGAGGAAGAGGAGGAGGAAGAGGAGGAGGAUGAGGAGGAGGAUGAGGAGGAGGAUGAGGAGGAAGGUAAAGAGGAAGAGGAGGAGGAAGAGGAGGAAGAGGAGGAGGAAGAGGAGGAGGAAGAGGAGGAGGAUGAGGAGGAAGGUGAAGACGAAGAGGAUUAG